CGCUAGGGACAAUUCGUUACCUGCCCUACAGCUAAGACUUUGGAUACGUGCCAGCAGCGAUGAAUGGGGAAAUCGAGGUGGUAAGAAGUUCUACCGUUCAGAAAAACUUUUUAAAGUCACCAUCAUGUAGACCAGUUCUCCAAGGCACAGACCAUCUCACUUCCUCAGAUCUUUCAGUGCACAGUACGGCCAUUCCCCGAAUGACGGAAGUCGUACGCUCCGAUAUGGAACGUCUUUCUGAUAUAGCCAUUGGAAAUAGCACUGCACCUGAAGCCUUUGAGAAUGCUCGAAAAGAUCGUGACCGCAAUCCCCCGAAUAGCUCUGGCAUUAAUUUAGCACCAGUGUCCUGCCAGGGGUGUCAAGUAUCUACACCUUUAACUGAAGUUAGUAACUCACUAUCUCUUGGAUCACAAUUGACCAGUUCUGGUGUAACUAACUCUGAAGAUCUGAACAAAAAUCACUUUUUGUCUCUGAUGAAAUCAAACUCAGAACAUUUGGAUAAAAUCUCAUCCGCGUCAAGUAUUGAUUUUGGAAAACUCACUUGUGGUCGUCCUGAUGGACAGUUAUGCGAAUCAGAAUAUCGAAACAAAAUAAACAAAACACACAAUCUGACUUCUCUUGUUGAUCACCUGACAGAUGCUAAUUGCUUACGUGCUAACAAUCUCAAUAAUGAUUAUCGUUUAAUGAGAGCAGCAUUAGAAUCUGGUGUUACAACCGAUAUACUUACAGGGAUCAGCCAAAAAAGUGACACAAAGUGUAUUGAAGCUGAGUCGGACAAUCUGGAAGCUUCAACCGAGUUCGGAAUACCAAAUAAUGCAUGGAAUCAUCGAAGUUGUGCAGGGGUUGCUUCUACUGACCAUAAUUUUUCAUUUGUCGGGGAAGCAAUCACGUCUCUUAUGUCUAACACAGAAAUAGAUCAAGACGGCGUUUUGAAUGACUCUCACUGUAGUAACAUCUUCCCCACCGUUCAUAGCAACACUAUCACUGCGGCUGUUGCGGCCAAGCGCCCAAUCACAGGAGCUCACCAAACGGUACGCUAUCCUGCAAUUAAUAAGGGGGGUAUGUGGCCAACUAGUUCUAGUGGAUUGUCAAACUCUACACUUGGGUACAUGGUUACCAAUGCAUGGAGCAGCAGUAGUACAAGCGUUUCUGCCAAGUCGGGUAAUAAUCUUGCCACUGAUUCAAAUCCUCCGACGGUUUCUGAUUUCUGUGGAAAUGAAAGUAGUACUAUUUCGUGGUCUCAAAAUUCGUCAGUUCACCAAACGCUUCAGAAGCCCAGCACCCAGAAUAUUCCUGGUAUGGUAGGAAGUAUGGGUUUUGGUAAUGGAAUUACUAACGGUUAUUUAAAUCGAACGGCUGUGUCUGUCUGUCUUGGAUCAGCAUCUACAACGGGCGUCAGCAUUACCAGUAACAAAGCAAACGAGACAGGUCUUUCAAAUAUAUAUAGUAUGUUUCCUAAGCGCCCCCAACACCGAAUGAUGGCACAUUGGCAGCAACAGCAACAACAUCACCAAAAUUCACAACAAGUACCCUUAGGAAAGAGUCUUAUGAACAUGGUCACAAAUAAUAUUCAAUUAAAUGGCAUCCGUGGUGGUUUAACUGGAGUAAAUUCCACUCUCUCAGCUCUCCCAAAUGGUUGUGAAGAUUCUGGUGUAAAUAACAGCACUGGAGGUUUCAGUAACAAUAUUAUCCAGUCACUAAACAAUGUUGGGUCCUCAUCGUCUGCUAGUAGUUCAAUGGUUAUGUGUUCUGGGGACUCUUUCACAAAUAACUUGUCAUUUAAUACUCCAACGUCAGAAAGUUCGCUAGAUAAUUUCAAGUACGGGUUAGAUCAACAACUUAUGGAAGUCAUCAAGUCUUUUGAAAUAACUAGCAUUGGAGGUUCUAAUUUUUCUUCGAAUGCCACUAGUACAUCUAUGGGAGGUAUUGAUGAUAUGACGUUGUCAUCUGGUUUCGGAGAGGUAGACCAACAAAUAUCUGGUUUAAAUCCUGCAAACCAAAUACCUGUUUUGGGCUCAUCGUCAAUACACAACUCAACACCUAUUAUAAAUGGUUCAAAUAACCAAAGUUCGAGUUUUAAUAGUCUUUCUGGCUACAGCGGAGGCUCAAUGAUGGGUUCGGUUGGAAUGACAAGUCCAUACUCAAUGUUCGCAAAUAUUUUCACUCGUGAAGAAGGAUUUUCACGCAAAGUAUUCGUUGGAGGUCUCCCACCCGAUAUAGAUGAAGAGGAAAUAACCACUGCUUUUCGUCGAUUUGGUCCUUUAAUAGUUGACUGGCCUCAUAAGACUGAGAGUAAAGCAUAUUUCCCACCAAAAGGCUAUUGUUUCCUGUUAUUCCAAGAUGAACGAUCUGUUCAAAGUCUUAUUAAUGCUUGUAUUGUUGACGAAGGAAAAUACUAUUGGUGUGUAUCAUCACCUACUAUGAAAGAUAAACCUGUUCAAAUUCGACCGUGGAACUUAGCGGACUCUGAUUUUGUUAUGGAUGGUUCACAACCAUUAGAUCCUCGCAAAACAAUCUUCGUUGGAGGUGUUCCACGUCCACUUAGAGCUAUCGAACUUGCCCUAAUAAUGGAUCGUUUAUAUGGCGGCGUUUGUUAUGCUGGAAUCGAUACGGACCCAGAAUUAAAAUAUCCUAAAGGUGCUGGUCGUGUCGCCUUCUCAAAUCAACAAAGCUAUAUCGCUGCAAUUAGUGCACGAUUUGUGCAAUUACAGCACAAUGAAAUUGAUAAACGAGUUGAAGUUAAACCAUAUGUUUUGGAUAAUCAAAUGUGUGAUGAAUGUCAAGGUACUCGUUGUGGAGGUAAAUUUGCUCCAUUCUUUUGCGCUAAUGUUACUUGCCUUCAAUAUUAUUGUGAACAAUGUUGGGUACAGAUACAUAGUCGUUAUGGUCGUGAAUACCAUAAACCUCUAGUCAAAGAAGGAGCUGAACGUCCUCGUCCUGCACUGUAUCGAUGGUAGAUUCAUGCAAGCGUGUUAUUCUUUUUAUCAGCUUGUUAUAACUUUCAGCAUGCUUAUUUCAUGAAAAUUGAAAAUGUUUCUUCUGAUCUCAACCUCUGACUGUUAUGGUCUUCAACAUUUGAUAUUCUCUUGUCUUUAUUUCAUUCAUUGAAUGCAUUCUUUAUUCUGUAUUUUUUUCCUAGUAUUUCUCUUAGAGAGAUGUAUUGCCGGUUUAAGUCCUCUUUCUAUGUCAAGCUAUCAAAUAGCCACCUUUGUAAUCAAUCAAUCAAUAUCCUUGACAAAGAGAAAUUCAUUUAAUAAUAAAAUUAGCGAUCAAUGAGUUAAAACAUUUUUAGAUAAAGUCUGUUUAAGUUGAUGUUUCCAAAAAGAAAAUUUCUUUCCUUAAAAUAUCAGUCUGCUUUCUUGUUGCCAUUUCCUAGUCUGUGAUUUGUCAUUUACCAAAUGCUAAUGACUUGUUGUUACUCUCUAUCUAUCAAUUUAUCUACUAAGCAUUCAUUUUCAUAACACAAAAUAAUCCAAUUUUAAGUGUCAUUGAGAAAAAAAAGACAUGCGAAUUGCAUAACUUUGCUAACAUUAUUAUUGUGUUAUCAUUUUUCAUCAUCAUCAUCAUCAUCAUCAUCAUCAUUAUCAUUAUCAUUAACAUCAUUAAAUUACUCAUUCUUUUCAUCUGCUGGUUUAGCUUGGAUGGUAAUGUUUUCUUUUCCUACAUUUAUAUAUUUUUAUCCCAUUUGUUUACUCUCUUGUUGGGGUUUUUGAGAACAAGAUAAGAUUGUUGUUGUUGGUUUUUUUUUUUUAAUUUUAAGAAAAAACUGUGAUUCAUUCUUAGUCUAGUUUUCUAAAAAAAUAAAAAUCCCUCGGCUCUUCAGAAAUUCACUUUGUCAUUUCUUCUAAUGUCUGUAGAUAAAUUUCUUUCAUUUUAGCUCGCUUCAUGUUUUUUUUUUUGUGGUUGAAUUGUGAUUCUUUCUUUCUGAAAUUUAUUUGUUUACACCUUUAAAAAGUACCUUAUUCACUUGUGUUUUUUUGUCGUUUUGGUUUGGUUAGCUCUUUCGUAUUAUUACGCUUGAUAGUAAUAAUAAUAAUAACAAUA